UGUAGACGGGUUUGUAUUUAUUUUUCAUAGACUAAUCUGAGGAUCGGAAGCUUUUACAGUAUGUCUAGAUAAAUGAGCGAGUUAUUUGUUACUGUAUCUAAUAAAUACUUUAGUAAAUGCAGACAUUAUAAAGUGAUAGUCAAUAUUUUAUUGCAGACACUUUCUUUUAAUAGUUUACACGACGAAGUGUUGGUUGAAAAGUUCGGGGUUUUCAAGUGGUGUAUGCAGAUCUGCAGCAGGUAAGUGAAGACGGCGGAGAGCUCAUUGAAGACAAUGGACCGGGACAGCGCCAGCCAAGGCUGCUUAGCGAUCUGGACAGGAGAGAAUUACAGCAUUGUCCACAAGUGCAAGACUGCUUGCAGAACUCAGAAAGGAACCCAACAGAAGGAGGCUCUAAAGCAGUGUCACUCUGAACUGAGGAAGCUCCUUCAGAAGAUACAAGGCCUGCCCCCGGCUGUGUCUAGUGUGCCGCUGGAACUGAGCGUACUCUAUAACGCCUCUGUGCUGAAUCUUCGUCUGUCCGCUAACACCAGGGAGGAAGACCAGGCUGGGAUCACGCAGGCGCUGCUCAGAGCUCUGGAAGCCGCUGGCCGCCCCGGUACCGGCUCGGAUCCCCUGCAGUUGUGGCGAUUGGUCCUGCAGUUGCUCAACUGGGAGCACUGGGAGCAGUGGGAGCCCUCACUGACCCGACUAGCCUGUCUGCAGUGGGCAUACUGGCUCUGUGCCUGCCAGCUUCACUGUGUCAGGGAGCUGCUCCUGUGGCUGCCUGAGUCUCGGGCCUGGUCUCUUCCAGCUUGCCCUGGGUCCCCGCUGGGUGUGCCGAGUGUCCUGGCGGAAGAGAGCCUGUCCUGGGAGAGCAGAGUUGCCCCUGGAGAGGUGCUGAGUGCAGCCCAGUUCAGGGAGCUGCUCCACACCUGCACUGCCAUCACUCAGGGUAAGAAGCAGCCAGGGGCUCCGGUCUGGACAUUGCUUUCAAACUGGCCUGUUAAUAGUUUACAGUUCAAGCUUUUGAAAGUCAGCCAUACGUGAAAGAACGUUGUGUAGAUGUUUGAGUGUUCUCAGAAGUAUGCAUGUAUAGUAUAGAUGUUGGCUUGAAUCUGUAUACAGUGGUAACAGUGUGUUUGUAGAUUUUUAUUUUAU